UGCUGACGUUGGAUGUUGCUGAGGAGGAUGAUUCUCUCCCGGAUCUGACAGAUAAAGAAAGGCGUGAAAAACUGUCACAGUGGGACCGGCGGACAGAUGCCAUGGCUCCUCUGACAGAUAAACAAACGGACUCAGUUCUGGACAUCCGAGCUGCAUCUGAAACUCUCUCUAUUCCCGCAGAGGUGAGCUGCGAGACAGGCGUUAGCUGGCUAACUGCUUGCUAAUGCUAACAACCUAGCACUUAGAAGCUAGUUGACAGGUGCAAAGAUCCAUCCCAGAAAGCAAAUAGAUUGACUUCAUUGUAGGAUUGUCAGGACGGACUUGCGGAUCAUAACAUUACCUAGUGUCACAACUCAACCUAUCUAGCUGCCAGCUCAAAUAUCUACGUUAGCUAGCCAAUGUUACUGUCUGCCACGUCGUUGCGUGAGUCUUUACUUUGUAGCCACUAGCCAGCUAGGCUAACUAGUUAGCCACUUGCCAUAGGCUAGAUAACUCUCACUAACAUACCAGGCCAAGUGUUGAAGUCAGCAUAUCAUAAGUGGCUCAUGUCAUGCCAAUGUCAUUGUAGUUAACCGCUCAAACCCCGUAGCUAACCUUAGCUAGCUUAACUGUUUAGCAUUUUGAGAUCUAUGACAGGAUUGUAUUGAUUGUGCCAUUUGCUGGUCUAAUUCAAGCUCCAUUGAGGACUUGUGUAGCCUGACGUCCUGCUCUCUGCGGUCUUCAUUCACGACAACUGUGCCAGCCUCCACAGAAGAUGUCCUGCUCUCUGCGGUCUUCAUUCACGACAACUGUGCCAGCCUCCACAGAAGAUGUCCUGCUCUCUGCGGUCUUCAUUCACGACAACUGCGCCAGCCUCCACAGAAGAUGUCCUGCUCUCUGCGGUCUUCAUUCACGACAACUGCGCCAGCCUCCACAGAAGAUGUCCUGCUCAAGGGCUUUCAAAUGCUUGGUCUCGAGAAUGAGAGGAUAGAGACUGUUGCUUUACGUUACAUGUCAAUGCUACUACUCCCCGAGGCAUACACACACGUACACAGUGUCAUUACAUGCCUCAAGUGUACUGUCUACUAUUUUUCAUAUCACGUGAAUGUUGCAUGUGUUAGUUUGUUGUGUAGUUAGCUAGCUAUCUUGGUCAAAGGUUUAUCAUUUUGGUGUUCUUUGCUCUGCAGUUUUUCUCCUGGUUUUUGAAGCUACAGACACAAAUGGAUCAGGGUGAAAGAGCUAAGCACAUGUGAGCUUGAUGUUCAUGCCUUGCCACUUGCUGAUCUCUCAAAUCGAAAGUAUGUUUAUACACACAGUGUACGCUGCAUUAGAUCUAUAUCUUUGGGGAAUGGAAUGGAAUGUAUCGUGUGUGUUACUCCUGCAGGAAAACCAGAGACCAUCUCAAUUGUUAUCAGGAGCAAUGUGAUGCUAUUCUGAAUGACUUGAAUGCUGCUCUAGAACACCUGGACUCUCUGCAGAAGCAGUACCUCUUUGUGUCCAACAAGACAGGAACCCUCCAUGAGGCCUGUGAACAGCUCCUCAAAGAACAGGUAGGGGACCACUUAUAUGUAGGCUAUGUGACUGUGUCAGAGAACCUACAGUACCAGUCAAAAGUUUGGACACACCUACUCAUUCAAGGGUUUUUCUAGAUUUUUACUAUUUUCUACAUUGUAAAAUAAUAGUGAAGACAUCAAAACUAUGAAAUAACACAUGGAAUCAUGUAGUAACCAAAAAAGUGUUAAACAAAUCCAAAUAUUUUAUAUUUGAGAUUCUUCAAAUAGCCACCCUAUCAAAUCAAAUCAAAUGUUAUUUGUCACAUGCACCGAAUACAACAGGUGUAGACAUUACAGUGAAAUGCUUACCUACAUGCCCUUAACCAGCAAUGCAGUUUAAAGAAAGAAUACCCAAUAAAUUACAAAAAAAUACUAUAUAAAAUAAUACGAAAUAAAAAUAACAUAUAAUUAAAGAGCAGCAGUAAAAAUAACCAUAGCGAGGCUAAAUACAGGGAGUCGAGGUAAUUUAGGUAAUAUGUACAUGUAGGUAGAAUUAUUAAAGUGACUAUGCAUAGAUAAUAAACAGAGAGUAGCAGCAGCGUAAAAGAGGAGGGGGGGGGGGGGGCAGCAAUGCAUAUAGUCUGGGUAGCCAUUUGAUUAGAUGUUCAGGAGUCUUAUGGCUUGGGGGUAGAAGCUGUUUAGAAGCCUCUUGGACCUAGACUUGGUGCUCCGGUACCGCUUGCUGUGCGGUAGCAGAGAGAACAGUCUAUGACUAGGGUGGCUGGAGUCUUUGACAAUUUUUAGGGCCUUCCUCUGACACCGCCUGCUAUAGAGGUCCUGGAUGGCAGGAAGCUUGGCCCCAGUGAUGUACUGGGCCGUACGCACUACCCUCUGUAGUUCCUUGCGGACGGAGGCCGAGCAGUUGCCAUACCAGGCAGUGAUGCAACCAGUCAGGAUGCUCUCGUUGGUGCAGCUGUAGAACCUUUUGAGGAUCUGAGGACCCAUGCCAAAUCUUUUCAGUCUCCUUAGGUUUUGUCGUGCCCUUUUCACGACUGUCUUGGUGUGCUUGGACCAUGAUAGUUUGUUGGUGACGUGGACACCGACGUUGUCGGUGAUCAGGCCUACCACUGUUGUGUCAUCGGCAAACUUAAUGAUGGUGUUGGAGUCGUGCCUUGCCAUUCAGUCAUGAGUGAACAGGGAGUACAGUAGGGGACUGAGAACGCACCCCUGAGGGGCCACCGUGUUGAGGAUCAGCGUGGCGGAUGUGUUGUUACCUACCUUUACCACCUGGGGGCGGCCCAUCAGGAAGUCCACGAUCCAGUUGCAGAGGGAGGUGUUUAGUCCCAGGAUUUGAGGGCACUAUGGUAUUGAACGCUGAGCUGUAGUCAAUGAACAGCAUUCUCACAUACAGUUGAAGUCGGAAGUUUACAUACACCUUAGCCAAAUACAUUUAAACUCAGUUUUUCACAAUUCCUGACAUUUAAUCCUAGUAAAAAAUUCCCUGUCUUAGGUCAGUUAGGAUCACCACUUUAUUUAUAAGAAUGUGAAAUGUCCAAAUAAUAGUAGAGAGAGUGAUUUAUUUCAGCUUUUAUUUCUUUCAUCACAUUCCCAGUGGGUCGGAAGUUUACAUACGCUCAGUUAGUAUUUGGUAGCAUUGCCUUUAAAUUGUUUAACUUGGGUCAAACGUUUCGGGUAGCCUUCCACAAUCUUCCCAUAAUAAGUGGGGUGAAUUUUGGCCCAUUCCUCCUGACAGAGCUGGUGUAACUGAGUCAGGUUUGUAGGCCUCCUUGCUCGCACACCCUUUUUCACUUCUGCCCACACAUUUUCUAUAGGAUUGAGGUCAGGGCUUUGUGAUGGCCACUCCAAUACCUUGACUUUGUUGUCCUUAAGCCAUUUUACCACAACUUUUGAAGUAUGCUUGGGGUCAUUGGCCAUUUGGAAGACCCAUUUGCGACCAAGCUUUAACUUCCUGACUGAUGUCUUGAGAUGUUGCUUCAAUAUAUCCACAUAAUUUUCCUUCCUCAUGAUGCCAUCUAUUUUGUGAAGUGCACCAGUCCCUCCUGCAGCAAAGCACCCCAACAGCAUGAUACUGCCACCCCCGCGCUUCACGGUUGGGAUGGUGUUCUUCGGCUUGCAAGUCCCCCCUUUUUCCUCCAAACAUAACGAUGGUCAUUAUGGCCAAACAGUUCUAUUUUUGUUUCAUCAGACCAGAGGACAUUUCUCCAAACAGUACGAUCUUUGUCCCCAUGUGCAGUUGCAAACCGUAGUCUGGCUUUUUUAUGGCGGUUUUGGAGCAGUGGCUUCUUCCUUGCUGAGCGGCCUUUCAGGUUAUGUCGAUAAAGGACUCGUUUUACUGUGGAUAUAGAUGCUUUGGUACCUGUUUCCUCCAGCAUCUUCACAAGGUCCUUUGCUGUUGUUCUGGGAUUGAUUUGCACUUUUCGCACAAAAGUACGUUCAUCUCUAGGAGACAGAACGUGUCUCCUUCCUGAGUGGUAUGACGGCUGCAUUGUCCCAUGGUGUUUAUACUUGCGUACUAUUGUUUGUACAGAUGAACGUGGUACCUUCAGGCGUUUGGAAAUUGCUCCCAAGGAUGAACCAGACUUGUGGAGGUCUACACAUUUUUUUCUGAGGUCUUGGCUGAUUUCUUUUGAUUUUCCCAUGAUGUCAAGCAAAGAGGCACUCAGUUUGAAGGUAGGCCUUGAAAUACAUCGACAGGUACACCUCCAAUUGACUCAAAUGAUGUCAAUUAGCCUAUCAGAAGACAUUACAUAAUUUUCUGGAAUUUUCCAAGCUGUUUAAAGGCACAGGUCAACUUAGUGUAUAUAAACCUCUGACCCAUUGUGAUACAGUGAAAUAAUCUGUCUCUAAACAAUUGUUGGAGAAAUUACUUGUCAUGCACAAAGUAGAUGUCCUAGCCGACUUGCCAAAACUAUAGUUUGUUAACAAUACAUUUGUUGAGUGGUUGAAAACGAAUUUGAAUGACUCCAACCUAAGUGUAUGUAAACCUCCGACUUCAACUGUAGGUGUUCCUUUUGUCCAGGUGUGAAAGGGCAGUGUGGAGCACAAUAGAGAUUGCAUCAUCUGUGGAUCUGUUGGGGCGGUAUGCAAAUUGGAGUGGUUCUAGGGUUUUUGGGAUAAUGGCGUUGAUGUGAGCCAUGACCAACCUUUCAAAGCACUUCAUGGCUACAGAUGUGAGUGCUACGGGUCGGUAGUCAUUUAGGCAGGUUACCUUAGUGUUCUUGGGCACAGGGAAUAUGGUGGUCUGCUUGAAAUAUGUUGGUAUUACAGACUCAGACAGGGAGAAGUUGAAAAUGUCAGUGAAGACACUUGCCAGUUGGUCAGCGCAUGCUCGGAGUACACGUCCUGGUAAUCCGUCUGGCCCUGCGGCCUUGUGAAUGUUGACCUGUUUAAAGGUCUUAUUCACAUCGGCUACGGAGAGCGUGAUCACACUGUCGUCCGGAACAGCUGAUGCUCUCAUGCAUGUUUCAGUGUUAUUUGCCACGAAGUGAGCAUAGAAGUAAUUUAGCUCGUCUGGUAGGCUCGUGUCACUGGGCAGCUCGUGGCUGUGCUUCCCUUUGUAGUCUGUAAUAGUUUGCAAGCCCUACCACAUCCGACGAGCGUCGGAGCCGGUGUAGUACGAUUCGAUCUUAGUCCUGUAUUUACGCUUUGCCUGUUUGAUGGUUCGUCGGAGGGCAUAGCGGGAUUUCUUAUAAGCUUCCGGGUUAGAGUCCCGCUCCUUGAAAGCGGCAGCUCUACACUUUAGCUCAGUGCGGAUGUUGCCUGUAAUCCAUGGCUUCUGGUUGGGGUAUGUACGUGCAGUCACUGUGGGGACGACGUCAUCGAUGCACUUAUUGAUGAAGCCAGUGACUGAUGUGGUGUACUCCUCAAUGCCAUCGGAAGAAUCCCGGAACAUAUUCCAGUCUGUGCUAGCAAAACAGUCCUGUAGCUUCAUUCAGCCACGACUCGAUGAAACAUAAGAUAUUACAGUUUUUAAUGUCCCGCGAUAUUCGUGCCUGUAGUUCAUCCACUUUAUUAUCAAGCGAUUGUAAAUUGGCCAAUAGUAUCGAUGGCAAAGGCACUCGUCGCCGGCUCCUUACCAAGUACCCCGAUCUCCUUCCGCGAUAUCUACUUUUCUUUCUACUGCAAAUGACUGGGAUGAGGGCCCUGUCGGGUGUCUGGAGCAAAUCCCUCUCGUCCGACUCAUGAAAGAAAAGGUAUUCGCCCAGUUCAAGGUGAGUAAUCGCUGUUCUGAUGUCCAGAAGCUCUUUUCAGUCAUAAGAGACGGUAGCAGCAACAUUAUGUACAAAAUGAGUUACAAACUCAUUAUACAGAAGAUAGCCCUAUUUGACCAAGUCCAUAUUAUGGCAAGAACAGCUCAAAUAAGCAAAGAGAAAUGACAGUCCAUCAUUACUUUAAGACAUGAAGGUCAGUCAAUACGGAAAAUGUCAAGAACUUUGAACGUUUUUUCAAGUGCAGUCGCAAAAACCAUCAAGCGCUAUGAUGAAACUGGCUCUCAUGAGGACCGCCACAGGAAUGGAAGACCCAGAGUUACCUCUGCUGCAGAGGAUAAGUUCAUUAGAGUUACCAGCCUCAGAAAUUGCAGCCCAAUUAAAUGCUUCAGAGUUCAAGUAACGGACACAUCUCAACAUCAACCUUUCAGAGGAGACUGUGUGAAUCAGGCUUUCAUGGUCAAAUUGCUACAAAGAAACCACUACUAAAGGACACCAAUAAGAAGAAGAGACCUGCUUGGGCCAAGAAACACGAGCAAUGUACAUUAGGCCGGUGGAAAUGUGUCCUUUGGUCUGGAGUCCAAAUUUGAGAUUUUUGGUUCCAACCUUUGUGUCUUUGUGAAACGCGGUGUGGGUGAUAUGAUGAUCUCCGCAUGUGUAUUUCCCACCGUAAAGCAUGCAGGAGAAAGUGUUUUCAACAAGACAAUGACCCAACACACCUCCAGGCUGUGUAAGGGCUAUUUUACCAAGAAGGAGAGCGAUGGAGUGCUGCAUCAGAUGACCUGGCCUCCGCAAUCCCCCGACCUCAACCCAAUUGAGAUGGUUUGGGAUGAGUCGGACGGCAGAGUGAAGGAAAAGCAGCCAAGAAGUACUCAGCAUAUGUGGGAACUCCUUCAAGACUGUUGGAAAAGCAUUCCAGGUGAAGCUGGUUGAGAGAAUGCCAAGAGUGUGCAAAGCUAUCAAGGCAAAGGGUGGCUGUUUGAAGAAUCUUUGUUUAACACUUUUUUGGUUACUACAUGAUUCCAUAUGUGUUAUUUCAUAGUUUUGAUGUCUUCACUAUUAUUCUACAAUGUAAACAAUAAAGAAAAACCCUUGAAUGAGUAGGUGUGUCCAAACUUUUGACUGGUACUGUACAUGUAGGCUAUGUGACUGCGGCAGGUAGCUUAGUGGUUAAGAGCGUUGUGCCAGUAACCGAAAGGUCGCUGGUUCUAAUCCCCGAGCCGACUAGGUGAAAGAUCUGUCGAUGUGCCCUUGAGCAAGGCACUUAACCCUAAUUGCUCAUGUAAGUCGCUCUGGAUAAGAGCGUCUGCUAAAUGACAAAAAAAUAAAUAAAAAAAAAGAGGCACGAAAGGUACCAACAGAACAUAGUAGUAUGGACCUGUUUCCAUUCGUAAUGGAAUAAAACGUCAGACAUGAAAUGUCAGCCUGUUAUGAAAAUCCUAGUUCCCUGCCAACAGAUCGUUUUCUCUUAAACAGUCAGAGCUGGUGGAUCUGGCUGAGAGCAUACAGCAGAAGCUUUCCUACAUCAACGAGUUGGAGAACAUCAACACGGUUCGCUGUUUAUUUAUUUAUUAUACCCUGUACCCAUCCUCCUUUCUGUGGCAUUUGAAAUCCUUUAGCAAAUGUCGCUGAAGGUUAAUCUUUUUCCUGACUCGAGCCUUGCAAAAGUUCAUUCUCGCUCUGUCUCUGCAGAAAUUAAACUCACCCACACUGUCUGUAAACAGUGAAGGAUUUAUACCAAUGCUUUGGAAAUUGAAUGACUGCAUAGAGUAUGUUUCUUCCCAUGUAAGUAUAUUUUCAGCCCACAAUGGAAAGUGUGUAUUCUACUGCAGAGCUGUGUCAUCAUUGUCUGAAUACUUACUUUUUUUUCAGCCAAACUUUAAGGACUACCCAGUGUAUCUCACAAAGUUCAAACAAUGUCUGUCUAAAGCCAUGCACUUCAUGAAGACUCACACUGUGAACACUAUGCAGAAUCUCACAGGCCAGUUAACAAAAAGGGUAGGAAAAACUCCUCGGCCACUUUCUAUUAUGGAUUUUGACUUGGUACUGGGACACAAUCAACUGUCUUGAGUUGUCUGUCUGACUUAAAAUAUAUUUUUAUUUCAGGAUCCAUUGGGUCUAGCUAACGCAGACAAUGCCUUCACAUUGUGCCAUGUCAAGUUCAGAGCUGCUGCAGCCAAAGUCAGAGUGAGUAUCAUUAUUUAUUUCUUCUGUUGGAAUUACCGUAAAAUUGCUAAGCCAUCCUUUCGGUACAAAAUGUUGUGUUGUCUUUCUAGAGAUGAAUAAUAGUGAUUGUUCUUUCAGACACUGAUUGAACAAAUAGAGCAGCGGUCAGAGAGAAUCCCUGAGUGAGUAUUGGGUUGUUGUACUGUAUGCUCAUGGCUUAACGGGAUCAUCUCACCUACUGUGGUGUGUUCUGUUAUCUUUGUGUAAUGCCUACCCAUGUUCUGUCAUCGAUGUGUAAUUCCUGCCCAUGUUCUGUCAUCGAUGUGUAAUUCCUGCCCAUGUUCUGUCAUCGAUGUGUAAUUCCUGCCCAUGUUCUGUCAUCGAUGUGUAAUUCCUGCCCAUGUUCUGUCAUCGAUGUGUAAUUCCUGCCCAUGUUCUGUCAUCGAUGUGUAAUUCCUGCCCAUGUUCUGUCAUCGAUGUGUAAUUGCUGCCCAUGUUCUGUCAUCGAUGUGUAAUUCCUGCCCAUGUUCUGUCAUCGAUGUGUAAUUGCUGCCCAUGUUCUGUCAUCAAUGUGUAAUUCCUGCCCAUGUUCUGUCAUCGAUGUGUAAUUCCUGCCCAUGUUCUGUCAUCGAUGUGUAAUUGCUGCCCAUGUUCUGUCAUCGAUGUGUAAUUCCUGCCCAUGUUCUGUCAUCGAGGUGUAAUUCCUGCCCAUGUUCUGUCAUCGAGGUGUAAUUCCUACCCAUGUUCUGUCAUCGAUGUGUAAUUCCUGCUCAUGUUCUGUCAUCGAUGUGUAAUUCCUGCCCAUGUUCUGUCAUCGAUGUGUAAUUCCUGCCCAUGUUCUGGCAUCGAUGUGUAAUUCCUGCCCAUGUUCUGUCAUCGAUGUGUAAUUCCUGCCCAUGUUCUGUCAUCCCCAGGUACCAUCAGCUGUUGGAGGAGAUCCACCAGUGCUACCUGGACCAGAGAGAGCAGCUCCUCAGGCCCGGCAUCACAGCCACCAUUACGGACCUGACCAGCCAAAACUACAAGGACCACUGUGCAUUAGUAAGAUCACACUCUGUUAAACAACAAGGACCACUGUGCAUUAGUGAGAUCACACUCUGUUAAACAACAAGGACCGUUGUGCAUUAGUGAGAUCACACUCUGUUAAACAACAAGGACCGUUGUGCAUUAGUGAGAUCACACUCUGUUAAACAACAAGGACCGUUGUGCAUUAGUGAGAUCACACUCUGUUAAACAACAAGGACCGCUGUGCAUUAGUGAGAUCACACUCUGUUAAACAACAAGGACCGCUGUGCAUUAGUGAGAUCACACUCUGUUAAACUACGAGGACCACUGUCCAUUAGUAAGAUCACACUCUGUUAAACAACAAGGACCACUGUCCAUUAGUAAGAUCACACUCUGUUAAACUACAAGGACCACUGUGCAUUAGUAAGAUCACACUCUGUUAAACAACAAGGACCGCUGUGCAUUAGUGAGAUCACACUCUGUUAAACAACAAGGACCGCUGUGCAUUAGUGAGAUCACACUCUGUUAAACUACAAGGACCACUGUCCAUUAGUGAGAUCACACUAUGUUAAACUACAAGGACCACUGUCCAUUAGUAAGAUCACACUCUGUUAAACUACAAGGACCACUGUCCAUUAGUAAGAUCACACUCUGUUAAACAACAAGGACCACUGUCCAUUAGUAAGAUCACACUCUGUUAAACUACAAGGACCACUGUCCAUUAGUAAGAUCACACUCUGUUAAACAACAAGGACCACUGUCCAUUAGUAAGAUCACACUCUGUUAAACAACAAGGACCGUUGUGCAUUAGUGAGAUCACACUCUGUUAAACAACAAGGACCACUGUCCAUUAGUAAGAUCACACUCUGUUAAACAACAAGGACCACUGUCCAUUAGUAAGAUCACACUCUGUUAAACAACAAGGACCCCUGUCCAUUAGUAAGAUCACACUCUGUUAAACAACAAGGACCACUGUGCAUUAGUAAGAUCACACUCUGUUAAACAACAAGGACCGUUGUGCAUUAGUAAGAUCACACUCUGUUAAACAACAAGGACCGUUGUGCAUUAGUGAGAUCACACUCUGUUAAACAACAAGGACCACUGUGCAUUAGUAAGAUCACACUCUGUUAAACAACAAGGACCGUUGUGCAUUAGUAAGAUCACACUCUGUUAAACAACAAGGACCGUUGUGCAUUAGUAAGAUCACACUCUGUUAAACAACAAGGACCGUUGUGCAUUAGUGAGAUCACACUCUGUUAAACAACAAGGACCGUUGUGCAUUAGUGAGAUCACACUCUGUUAAACAACAAGGACCGCUGUGCAAUAGUGAGAUCACACUCUGUUAAACUACAAGGACCACUGUGCAUUAGUAAGAUCACACUCUGUUAAACAACAAGGACCACUGUGCAUUAGUGUGAUCACACUCUGUUAAACAACAAGGACCACUGUGCAUUAGUAAGAUCACACUCUGUUAAACAACAAGGACCGUUGUGCAUUGAUGAGAUCACACUCUGUUAAACAACAAGGACCGUUGUGCAUUAUUGAGAUCACACUCUGUUAAACAAGGACCACUGUGCAUUAGUAAGAUCACACUCUGUUAAACAACAAGGACCGUUGUGCAUUAGUGAGAUCACACUCUGUUAAACAACAAGGACCACUGUGCAUUAGUAAGAUCACACUCUGUUAAACAACAAGGACCGCUGUGCAUUAGUGAGAUCACACUCUGUUAAACAACAACGACCGCUGUGCAUUAGUGAGAUCACACUCUGUUAAACAACAAGGACCGCUGUGCAUUAGUGAGAUCACACUCUGUUAAACAACAAGGACCGCUGUGCAUUAGUGAGAUCACACUCUGUUAAACAACAAGGACCGCUGUGCAUUAGUGAGAUCACACUCUGUUAAACAACAAGGACCACUGUGCAUUAGUGAGAUCACACUCUGUUAAACAAUAAGGACCACUGUGCAUUAGUGAGAUCACACUCUGUUAAACAAGAAGGACCACUGUGCAUUAGUGAGAUCACACUCUGUUAAACAACAAGGACCACUGUGCAUUAGUAAGAUCACACUCUGUUAAACUACAAGGACCGCUGUCCAUUAGUAAGAUCACACUCUGUUAAACAACAAGGACCGUUGUGCAUUAGUAAGAUCACACUCUGUUAAACAACAAGGACCACUGUGCAUUAGUGAGAUCACACUCUGUUAAACAACAAGGACCGCUGUGCAUUAGUGAGAUCACACUCUGUUAAACAACAAGGACCACUGUGCAUUAGUGAGAUCACACUCUGUUAAACAACAAGGACCACUGUGCAUUAGUGAGAUCACACUCUGUUAAACAACAAGGACCACUGUCCAUUAGUAAGAUCACACUCUGUUAAACAACAAGGACCACUGUGCAUUAGUAAGAUCACACUCUGUUAAACUACAAGGACCGCUGUCCAUUAGUAAGAUCACACUCUGUUAAACAACAAGGACCACUGUGCAUUAGUGAGAUCACACUCUGUUAAACAACAAGGACCACUGUCCAUUAGUAAGAUCACACUCUGUUAAACAACAAGGACCACUGUGCAUUAGUAAGAUCACACUCUGUUAAACAACAAGGACCACUGUGCAUUAGUGAGAUCACACUCUGUUAAACAACAAGGACCACUGUGCAUUAGUGAGAUCACACUCUGUUAAACAACAAGGACCGUUGUGCAUUAGUAAGAUCACACUCUGUUAAACAACAAGGACCACUGUGCAUUAGUGAGAUCACACUCUGUUAAACAACAAGGACCGUUGUGCAUUAGUGAGAUCACACUCUGUUAAACUACAAGGACCACUGUGCAUUAGUGAGAUCACACUCUGUUAAACUACAAGGACCACUGUGCAUUAGUGAGAUCACACUCUGUUAAACUACAAGGACCACUGUCCAUUAGUAAGAUCACACUCUGUUAAACAACAAGGACCACUGUCCAUUAGUAAGAUCACACUCUGUUAAACAACAAGGACCACUGUGCAUUAGUAAGAUCACACUAUUUUACUCAGAUCCAUUCACGUGUGAUUGAUUGAUUGUAUUUGUCAGAUACAAUUACAUAGAUGCUGUACAAACACAUUACAGAAAUUAAAUAAUAUUAUCUGAGAAGCCUUCAUGUUUUGCCAGUGCUAAUGUUGUCUGUUUGUCCUGUGUUCUCCUCCCAGGUGCGUAGUGGCUGUGCCUUCAUGGUUCAUGUCUGUCAGGAUGAGCACCGGCUCUACGCUGAGUUCUUCUCCAAACCCACACCUAGACUACAGUAAGUACUGUCUCCUGUCUCCAAACCCACACCUAGACUACAGUAAGUACUGUCUCCUGUCUCCAAACCCACACCUAGACUACAGUAAGUACUGUCUCCAAACCCACACCUAGACUACAGUAAGUACUGUCUCCUGUCUCCAAACCCACACCUAGACUACAGUAAGUACUGUCUCCUGUCUCCAAACCCACACCUAGACUACAGUAAGUACUGUCUCCAAACCCACACCUAGACUAGAGUAAGUACUGUUUCCAAACCCACAUCUAGACUAGAGUAAGUACUGUCUCCUGUCUCCAAACCCACACCUAGACUAGAGUAAGUACUGGCUCCAAACCCACACCUAGACUACAGUAAGUACUGUCUCCUGGCUCCAAACCCACACCUAGACUACAGUAAGUACUGUCUCCUGUCUCCAAACCCACACCUAGACUACAGUAAGUACUGUCUCCUGGCUCCAAACCAAACACCUAGACUAGAGUAAGUACUGGCUCCAAACCCACACCUAGACUACAGUAAGUACUGUCUCCUGGCUCCAAACCCACACCUAGACUACAGUAAGUACUGUCUCCUGUCUCCAAACCCACACCUAGACUACAGUAAGUACUGUCUCCUGUCUCCAAACCAAACACCUAGACUAGAGUAAGUACUGUCUCCAAACCCACAUCUAGACUAGAGUAAGUACUGUCUCCUGGCUCCAAACCCACACCUAGACUACAGUAAGUACUGUCUCCUGGCUCCAAACCCACACCUAGACUACAGUAAGUACUGUCUCCUGUCUCCAAACCCACACCUAGACUACAGUAAGUACUGUCUCCUGUCUCCAAACCAAACACCUAGACUAGAGUAAGUACUGUCUCCAAACCCACAUCUAGACUAGAGUAAGUACUGUCUCCUGGCUCCAAACCCACACCUAGACUACAGUAAGUACUGUCUCCUGUCUCCAAACCCACACCUAGACUAGAGUAUGUACUGGCUCCAAACCCACACCUAGACUACAGUAAGUACUGUCUCCUGUCUCCAAACCCACACCUAGACUAGAGUAAGUACUGUCUCCAAACCCACACCUAGACUAGAGUAAGUACUGUCUCCAAACCCACACCUAGACUAGAGUAAGUACUGUUUCCAAACCCACAUCUAGACUAGAGUAAGUACUGUCUCCUGUCUCCAAACCCACACCUAGACUAGAGUAAGUACUGUCUCCAAACCCACACCUAGACUAGAGUAAGUACUGUCUCCUGUCUCCAAACCCACACCUAGAGUAAGUACUGUCACCAAUCCCACAUCUAGACUAGAGUAAGUACUGUCUCCUGUCUCCAAACCUACACCUAGAGUAAAUGCUGUCUCCUGUCUCCAAACCUACACCUAGACUAGAAUAAGUACUGUCUCCAAACCCACACCUAGACUAGAGUAAGUACUGUCUCCAAACCCACACCUAGACUACAGUAAGUACUGUCUCCUGUCUCCAAACCCACACCUAGACUAGAGUAAGUACUGUCUCCUGUCUCCAAACCCACACCUAGACUAGAGUAAGUACUGUCUCCAAACCCAAACCUAGACUAGAGUAAGUACUGUCUCCAAACCCACACCUAGACUACAGUAAGUAAUGUCUCCAAACCCACACCUAGACUAGAGUAAGUACUGUCUCCAAACCCACACCUAGACUACAGUAAGUAAUGUCUCCAAACCCACACCUAGACUAGAGUAAGUACUGUCUCCAAACCCACACCUAGACUUCAGUAAGUACUGUCUCCUGUCUCCAAACCCACACCUAGACUAGAGUAAGUACUGUCUCCAAACCCACAUCUAGACUACAGUAAGUACUGUCUCCUGUCUCCAAACCCACACCUAGACUACAGUAAGUACUGUCUCCUGUCUCCAAACCCACACCUAGACUAGAGUAAGUACUGUCUCCAAACCUGUGGUCCUCUGUAGCUCAGCUGGUAGAGCACGGCGCUUGUAACGCCAAGGUAGUGGGUUCGAUCCCCGGGACCACCCAUACACAAAAAAAAAAAAAAGAAUGCACGCAUGACUGUAAGUCGCUUUGGAUAAAAGCGUCUGCUAAAUGGCAUAUUAUUAUUAUUAUUAUUAUUAUUAUUAUUAUUAUAUACUGCCUCCAAACCCACACCUAGACUAGAGUAAGUACUGUCUCCAAACCCACACCUAGACUAGAGUAAGUACUGUCUCCAAACCCACACCUAGACUAGAGUAAGUACUGUCUCCAAACCCACACCUAGACUACAGUAAGUACUGUCUCCAAACCCACACCUAGACUAGAGUAAGUACUGUCUCCAAACCCACACCUAGACUAGAGUAAGUACUGCCUCCAAACCCACACCUAGACUAGAGUAAGUACUGUCUCCAAACCCACACCUAGACUAGAGUAAGUACUGUCUCCAAACCCACACCUAGACUAGAGUAAGUACUGUCUCCAAACCCACACCUAGACUACAGUAAGUACUGUCUCCUGUCUCCAAACCCACACCUAGACUACAGUAAGUACUGUCUCCUGUCUCCAAACCCACACCUAGACUACAGUAAGUACUGUCUCCUGUCUCCAAACCCACACCUAGACUACAGUAAGUACUGUCUCCUGUCUCCAAACCCACACCUAGACUAGAGUAAGUACUGUCUCCAAACCCACACCUAGACUAGAGUAAGUACUGUCUCCAAACCCACACCUAGACUAGAGUAAGUACUGUCUCCAAACCCACACCUAGACUACAGUAAGUAAUGUCUCCAAACCCACACCUAGACUAGAGUAAGUACUGUCUCCAAACCCACACCUAGACUACAGUAAGUACUGUCUCCAAACCCACACCUAGACUAGAGUAAGUACUGUCUCCAAACCCACACCUAGACUACAGUAAGUACUGUCUCCAAACCCACACCUAGACUACAGUAAGUACUGUCUCCAAACCCACACCUAGACUACAGUAAGUACUGUUUCCAAACCCACACCUAGACUAGAGUAAGUACUGUCUCCAAACCCACACCUAGACUACAGUAAGUACUGUUUCCAAACCCACACCUAGACUAGAGUAAGUACUGUCUCCAAACCCACACCUAGACUAGAGUAAGUACUGUCUCCUGUCUCCAAACCCACACCUAGACUACAGUAAGUACUGUCUCCAAACCCACACCUAGACUACAGUAAGUACUGUCUCCAAACCCACACCUAGACUACAGUAAGUACUGUCUCCAAACCCACACCUAGACUACAGUAAGUACUGUCUCCAAACCCACACCUAGACUACAGUAAGUACUGUCUCCAAACCCACACCUAGACUACAGUAAGUACUGUUUCCAAACCCACACCUAGACUAGAGUAAGUACUGUCUCCAAACCCACACCUAGACUAGAGUAAGUACUGUCUCCUGUCUCCAAACCCACACCUAGACUACAGUAAGUACUGUUUCCAAACCCACACCUAGACUAGAGUAAGUACUGUCUCCAAACCCACACCUAGACUAGAGUAAGUACUGUCUCCUGUCUCCAAACCCACACCUAGACUACAGUAAGUACUGUCUCCAAACCCACACCUAGACUACAGUAAGUACUGUCUCCAAACCCACACCUAGACUACAGUAAGUACUGUCUCCAAACCCACACCUAGACUACAGUAAGUACUGUCUCCAAACCCACACCUAGACUACAGUAAGUACUGUCUCCAAACCCACACCUAGACUACAGUAAGUACUGUUUCCAAACCCACACCUAGACUAGAGUAAGUACUGUCUCCAAACCCACACCUAGACUAGAGUAAGUACUGUCUCCUGUCUCCAAACCCACACCUAGACUACAGUAAGUACUGUUUCCAAACCCACACCUAGACUACAGUAAGUACUGUUUCCAAACCCACACCUAGACUACAAUAAGUACAGUCUAGGAAAGGUGAAGGAAAGGCUCAGAUGAAUGGCUAUUUCCUGGUUAGUAUUCUCAAUCCUUUUAUUUGAUUUUCUUUCCUUUUUUUCUUUUUCUUUUUUUUCUUUCAACAUUCAACACCUGAUGGCUCUACUGUUGAAUUGACAACGGGCAGCUGUACAAUUCUACACAGUGAGAUGAAAACAUGCAUCUAAACUUCUCAGAUACUAGCUAGUGUUUCUCUCUUGUAGAAGAAAUGCAUUUUCAACAUACUGUCAUUUCCCAGAGGACAUACUGUCAUUUCCCAGAGGACAUGCUGUCAUUUCACUAGAGUAUUUUGCUCACUGGUUGAAAAGUAAAGGAGCGUACCCCUCCCCUCUCCAGUGGGCUGCUGGAGAAGCUGUGUCUGUCGCUGUAUGACGUCCUGCGACCGUUCAUCAUCCACGUUAUCCACCUGGAGACCCUGUCAGAACUCUGUGGCAUCCUAAAUAAUGAGAUGCUGGAUGACCACGUUCACAACAACGGUACUGUCACUCACAAUACAAAGAACCUCCUCUGGUUACUUUCACCGUCAAGCUACAGUGAGGGAAAAAAGUAUUUAAUCCCCUGCUGAUUGUGUACGUUUGUCCACUGACAAAGAAAUGAUCAGUCUAUAAUUUUAAUGGUAGGUUUAUUUGAACAGUGAGAGACAGAAUAACAACAAAAAAAUCCAGAAAAACGCAUGUCAAAAAUGUUAUAAAUUGAUUUGCAUUUUAAUGAGGGAAAUAAGUAUUUGACCCCCUCUCAAUCAGAAAGAUUUCUGGCUCCCAGGUGUCUUUUAUACAGGUAACAAGCUGAGAUUAGGAGCACACUCUUAAAGGGAGUGCUCCUAAUCUCAGUUUGUUACCUGUAUUAAAGACACCUGUCCACAGAAGCAAUCAAUCAAUCAGAUUCCAAACUCUCCACCAUGGCCAAGACCAAAGAGCUCUCCAAGGAUGUCAGGGACAAGAUUGUAGACCUACACAAGGCUGGAAUGGGCUACAAGACCAUUGCCAAGCAGCUUGGUGAGAAGGUGACAACAGUUGGUGCGAUUAUUCGCAAAUGGAAGAAACACAAAAUAACUGUCAAUCUCCCUCGGCCUGGGGCUCCAUGCAAGAUCUCACCUCGUGGAGUUGCAAUGAUCAUGAGAACGGUGAGGAAUCAGCCCAGAACUACACGGGAGGAUCUUGUCAAUGAUCUCAAGGCAGCUGGGACCAUAGUCACCAAGAAAACAAUUGGUAACACACUACGCCGUGAAGGACUGAAAUCCUGCAGCGCCCACAAGGUCCCCCUGCUCAAGAAAGCACAUAUACAGGCCCGUCUGAAGUUUGCCAAUGAACAUCUGAAUGAUUCAGAGGAGAACUGGGUGAAAGUGUUGUGGUCAGAUGAGAUCAAAAUCGAGCUCUUUGGCAUCAACUCAACUCGCCGUGUUUGGAGGAGGUGGAAUGCUGCCUAUGACCCCAAGAACACCAUCCCCACCGUCAAACAUGGAGGUGGAAACAUUAUGCUUUGGGGGUGUUUUUCUGCUAAGGGGACAGGACAACUUCACCGCAUCAACGGGAUGAUGGACGGGGCCAUGUACCGUCAAAUCUUGGGUGAGAACCUCCUUCCCUCAGCCAGGGGAUUGAAGAUGGGUCGUGGAUGGGUAUUCCAGCAUGACAAUGACCCAAAACACACGGCCAAGGCAACAAAUGAGUGGCUCAAGAAGAAGCACAUUAAGGUCCUGGAGUGGCCUAGCCAGUCUCCAGACCUUAAUCCCAUAGAAAAUCUGUGGAGGGAGCUGAAGGUUCGAGUUGCCAAACGUCAGCCUCGAAACCUUAAUGACUUGGAGAAGAUCUGCAAAGAGGAGUGGAACAAAAUCCCUCCUGAGAUGUGUGCAAACCUGGUGGGCAACUACAAGAAACGUCUGACCUCUGUGAUUGCCAACAAGGGUUUUGCCACCAAGUACUAAGUCAUGUUUUGCAGAGGGGUCAAAUACUUAUUUCCGUCAUUAAAAUGCAAAUCAAUUUAUAACAUUUUUGACAUGCGUUUUUCUGUAUUUUGUUGUUGUUAUUCUGUCUCUCACUGUUCAAAUAAACCUACCAUUAAAAUUAUAGACUGAUUAUGUCUUUGUCAGUGUAUAGUGAACUAGUCAGUAUGUUACAUAUUUAUCAUAACGUAUUUUCAGAGAGCAGUGUAUAGGCCUACACGUCAACAUGUAAAACAUUCCUAGGGUAUUAUAUUUAUUUCUAAAAGUGAGGGUGUGUAAGCAGGCUGAGUAGAAAUGUAUGACCUCAUCGUAUGUGUGUGUGUAGCUGGUCAGCUGGGGGCGUUUGACGCGGUGGUCAAACAAAUGCUGGAGGAUGUCCAGGAGAGGAGGAUGUCCAGGAGAGGAGGAUGUCCAGGAGUGGAGGACGUCCAGGAGAGGAGGACGUCCAGGAGAGGAGGACGUCCAGGAGUGGAGGACGUCCAGGAGUGGAGGACGUCCAGGAGUGGAGGACGUCCAGGAGAGGAGGACGUCCAGGAGAGGAGGACGUCCAGGAGAGGAGGACGUCCAGGAGAGGCUGGUCGACAGGACACACAUCUACAUCCAGACUGACAUCAUCGGAUACAACCCCGCCCCCGGGGACCUGGCCUAUCCUGAACAACUGGAGAUGAUGGAGGUGCGUCUGUCUGACUGCUGUUUUCAGUCAUUAGGAGGAAGUUGCCCCUAUAUACUAAUCUAAGGUCUGUUUUUUUAGUUUCCCCUUGUAAUGGGAAUAUUGAACAUUAAUACAGUUAAGAGUGAUUAACACAAUGUUCCCGUUCUGUAAUAUUUCCAGUGUUCUGUUUGUGCAGUGUUCUGUUGAUAGUGAUUGACAAGGAGGUACAAGGACCGAGGACACAUCUCUUUAACCAGAGAUAAUAAGAAUACUGUAAAACUAUUUGGUGGAAUGUGCUUUGUGUCUGCCCGAACGGGCAAGUGACAUUUUGUCUUGAAGACAAUGUUGAUUUGCUUUGACUCUAGUGUUCCAUUUUGUACAUGUGCAUUUGCGGGGCACAACAAAAAAAGAAACCAAGCCAAGCGUCACACCGUUCUCACUAAAUUCCCUUUCCCCUCCGUGUAUCAUUCACUCAAUUACCUUCCGACCGCUCCCUCUCCACACGGGUGCUGAGUGCGCACACAAGCUCCUGUUAGGCCUACAGAACUAAAUGCCUAUAGAAACGUAUCUAACUGAUGGGAUACACAAGCUACAUUCCUUGCCAAAUUAUGAUCGUUCUAUCACAAAUUCAAAAUGGGCUGGUUGAUUUGAAGUAGGAAAAUGUGUUCCAACAACGAGCUCCAGUUUUUAAAUAAUUGUUUCCCGUCUAUUUUCCACUUAAGCUACUUUGCAAACUGCUAGUGCCAUUUAGAAUUGGUUAGCCUAGGCUAUAAACCCCCUUAAACAUAGACGGGUUCCGCACUGAAAAUACGCACUCAAUAAAAUGUAUAAAGACAGCGUAUUUUCAUCAGAAUCAUUAAGCAUAUGCCUACUCAGGAAAUAGAUGUCGUAGCUGUAAUUCAUCACCAUGCAGCGUUCAAUUAAGCAAUAAGUCCCGAGGGAGUGUGGUAUAUGGCCAAUAUACCACAAACCCCCAAUGUGCCUAAUUGCUAUUAUAAACUGUUUACCAACAUAAUUACAACAGUAAAAGUAAAUGUUUUUUGUCAUACCCAUGGUAUACGGUCUGAUAUACCACAGCUUUCAGCCAAUCAGCAUUCAGGGCUUGAACCACCCAACUUAUAAUGUGGAAUUGUUCAUCCAUUAAGAAUAUUCAGAAGAACAGGCAGAAUAAACUAAAUUGAACAUCUGUAUAUCAAAAAUAAGACCGAUUUUGGUUUGUAACCCUGAAAAAAUUGCCUUUCAAAUCACCAAAUUGAGCCCCGUUUCAAAUUAUCACUCUUUGAGAAUAACUGUUCUUGGGACGAGAUGCACAUAAUUUCGGACUGGCAACUUUUUUUCAUUUGGAAAAAUAUUCUGUUCCAUUUUACUCCAUUUUUACUUUUUUUAAACUAUAAAAUAGGUGUGUCUUGACUGUGAUAAGGGCUCGGGGAAUAAGAGCGUCUUGUCUGCUAAAUGAACAAAACAAGGCUAGUCCAUAGCACAGCCACAGGCUUCUACAAGCAAGCUCCACUGCUGAGGUUACUACCUUGUUGAAGAUUGUCUUCCACAAUAUCAUAUAACCAGUUGAUAUUACAGAUUGUCUUCCACAAUAUCAUAUAACCAGUUGAUAUUACAGGUUGUCUUCCACAAUAUCAUAUAACCAGUUGAUAUUACAGAUUGUGUUCCACGAAAUCAUAUAACCAGUUGAUAUUACAGAUUGUGUUCCACGAUAUCAUAUAACCAGUUGAUAUUACAGAUUGUGUUCCACGAAAUCAUAUAACCAGUUGAUAUUACAGAUUGUGUUCCACGAAAUCAUAUAACCAGUUGAUAUUACAGAUUGUGUUCCACGAUAUCAUAUAACCAGUUGAUAUUACAGAUUGUGUUCCACGAAAUCAUAUAACCAGUUGAUAUUACAGAUUGUGUUCCACGAUAUCAUAUAACCAGUUGAUAUUACAGAUUGUGUUCCACGAUAUCAUAUAACCAGUUGAUAUUACAGAUUGUGUUCCAUGAUAAACAGUUGAAGUCGGAAGUUUACAUACACUUGGAGUCAUUUAAAACUCGUUUUUCAACCGCUCCACAAAUUUCUUGUUAACAAACUAUAGUUUUGGCAAGUCGGUUAGGACAUCUACGUUGUGCAUGACACAAGUAAUUUUUACAACAAUUGUUUACAGACAGAUUAUUUCACUUAUAAUUCACUGUAUCACAAUACCAGUGGGUCAGAAGUUUACAUACACAAAGUUGACUGUGCCUUUAAACAGCUUGGAAAAUUCCAGAAAAUGAUGUCAUGGCUUUAGAAGCUUCUGAUAGGCUAAUUGACAUAAUUGUAGUCAAUUGGAGGUGUACCUGUGGAUGUAUUAGUCUGGUUCAUCCUUAGGAGCAAUUUCCAAACGCCUGAAGGUACCACGUUCAUCUGUACAAACAAUAGUACUCAAGUAUAAACACCAUGGGACCACGCAGCUGUCAUACCGCUCAGGAAGGAGACGCGUUCUAUCUCCUAGAGAUGAACGUACUUUGGUGCGAAAAGUGCAAAUCAAUCCCAGAACAACAGCAAAGGACCUUGUGAAGAUGCUGGAGGAAACGGGUACAAAAGUAUCUAUAUCCACAUUAAAACGAAUCCUAUAUCGACAUAACCUGAAAGGCCGCUUAGCAAGGAAGAAGCCACUGCUCCAAAACCGCCAUUAAAAAGCCAGACUACGGUUUGCAACUGCACAUGGGGACAAAGAUCGUACUUUUUGGAGAAAUGUCCUCUGGUCUGAUGAAACAAAAAUAGAACUGUUUGGCUAUAAUGACCAUCGUUAUGUUUGGAGGAAAAGGGGGAACGCUUGCAAGACGAAGAACACCAUCCCAACCGUGAAGCACGGGGGUGGCAGCAUCAUGCUGUGGGGGUGCUUUGCUGUAGGAGGGACUGGUGCACUUCACAAAAUAGAUGGCAUCAUGAGGAAGGAAAAUUAUGUGGAUAUAUUGAAGCAACAUCUCAAGACAUCAGUCAGGAAGUUAAAGCUUGGUCGCAAAUGGGUCUUCCUAAUGGACAAUGACCCCAAGCAGACUUCCAAAGUUGUGGCAAAAUGGCUUAAGGACAACAAAGUCAAGGUAUUGGAGUGGCCAUCACAAAGCCCUGACCUCAAUCCUAUAGAAAAUGUGUGGGCAGAACUGAAAAAGCGUGUGCGAGCAAGGAGGCCUACAAACCUGACUCAGUUACACCAGCUCUAUCAGGAGGAAUGGGCCAAAAUUCACCCAACUUAUUGUGGGAAGCUUGUGGAAGGCUACCCGAAACGUUUGACCCAAGUUAAACAAUUUAAAGGCAAUGCUACCAAAUACUAAUUGAGUGUAUGUAAACAUCUGAUCCACUGGGAAUAUGAUGAAAGAAAUAAAAGCUUAAAUAAAUCGUUCUCUCUAAUAUUAUUCUGACAUUUCACAUUCUUAAAAUAAAGUGGUGAUCCUAACAGACCUAAAACAGGGAAUGUUAACUAGGAUUAAAUGUCAGGAAUUGUGAAAAACUGAGUUUAAAUGUAUUUGCCUAAGGUGUAUGUAAACUACUGACUUCAACUGUAAUAUAACCAGUUGAUAUUACAGAUUGUGUUCCAUGAUGUUAUAUAAAUUAAUCUUAAAUGGCACUUUUUUAUUGACUAAUUAUUUAUAUACUGUGUGUAUUUGCCCCAUACAGUGGGGAAAAAAAGUAUUUAGUCAGCCACCAAUUGUGCAAGUUCUCCCACUUAAAAAGAUGAGAGAGGCCUGUAAUUUUCCUCAUAGGUACACGACAAAAUGAGUUUUUUUUCUUCCAGAAAAUCAUAUUGUAGGAUUUUUAAUGAAUUUAUUUGCAAAUUAUGGUGGAAAAUAAGUAUUUGGUCAAUAACAAAAGUUUCUCAAUACUUUGUUAUAUACCCUUUGUUGGCAAUGACACAGGUCAAACGUUUUCUGUAAGUCUUCACAAGGUUUUCACACACUGUUGCUGGUAUUUUGGCCCAUUCCUCCAUGCAGAUCUCUUUUAGAGCAGUGAUGUUUUGGGGCUGUCGCUGGGCAACACAGACUUUCAACUCCCUCCAAAGAUUUUCUAUGGGGUUGAGAUCUGGAGACUGGCUAGGCCACUCCAGGACCUUGAAAUGCUUCUUACGAAGCCACUCCUUCGUUGCCCGGGCGGUGUGUUUGGGAUCAUUGUCAUGCUGAAAGACCCAGCCACGUUUCAUCUUCAAUGCCCUUGCUGAUGGAAGGAGGUUUCACUCAAAAUCUCACGAUACAUGGCCCCAUUCAUUCUUUCCUUUACACGGAUCAGUCGUCCUGGUUCCUUUGCAGAAAAACAGCCCCAAAGCAUGAUGUUUCCACCCCCAUGCUUCACAGUAGGUAUGGUGUUCUUUGGAUGCAACUCAGCAUUCUUUGUCCUCCAAACACGACGAGUUGAGUUUUUACCAAAAAGUUCUAUUUUGGUUUCAUCUGACCAUAUGACAUUCUCCCAAUCCUCUUCUGGAUCAUCCAAAUGCACUCUAGCAAACUUCAGACGGGCCUGGACAUGUACUGGCUUAAGCAGGGGGACACGUCUGGCACUGCAGGAUUUGAGUCCCUGGCGGCGUAGUGUGUUACUGAUGGUAGGCUUUGUUACUUUGGUCCCAGCUCUCUGCAGGUCAUUCACUAGGUCCCCCCGUGUGGUUCUGGGAUUUUUGCUCACCGUUCUUGUGAUCAUUUUGACCCCACGGGGUGAGAUCUUGCGUGGAGCCCCAGAUCGAGGGAGAUUAUCAGUGGUCUUGUAUGUCUUCCAUUUCCUAAUAAUUGCUCCCACAGUUGAUUUCUUCAAACCAAGCUGCUUACCUAUUGCAGAUUCAGUCUUCCCAGCCUGGUGCAGGUCUACAAUUUUGUUUCUGGUGUCCUUUGACAGCUCUUUGGUCUUGGCCAUAGUGGAGUUUGGAGUGUGACUGUUUGAGGUUGUGGACAGGUGUAUUUUAUACUGAUAACAAGUUCAAACAGGUGCCAUUAAUACAGGUAACGAGUGGAGGACAGAGGAGCCUCUUAAAGAAGAAGUUACAGGUCUGUGAGAGCCAGAAAUCUUGCUUGUUUGUAGGUGACCAAAUACUUAUUUUCCACCAUAAUUUGCAAAUAAAUUCAUAAAAAAACCUACAAUGUGAUUUUCUGGAGAAAAAAAAUCUCAAUUUGUCUGUCAUAGUUGACGUGUACCUAUGAUGAAAAUUACAGGCCUCUCUCAUCUUUUUAAGUGGGAGAACUUGCACAAUUGGUGGCUGACUAAAUACUUUUUUUCCCCACUGUGUAUAUAUAUAUAUAUAUGGGGCAAUUUAGCAAUUAGGAUUUGUUAUCUGUAAUGGUUAUGAUAAAUUAAGCAUUGUUGCGAUCUUUUGGUAUAUAGAUAAAUACACAUUUGUUUCUAGUGCAGGCCUUGUUCUGAAAAUAUUUUUUUUUUAAUUCUAGUACUCAACAAAAAAAUAAUUAGAGUUCUCGAACAGUCAAAAUGUCUAAUGCCCAUCCUUAUAAUAAACCAUACUAAUUCAUGAUUGCCUUUAUCUGCUGCUGCACCUCUCUAUUGUUUACCUGGAGAUUGCUCUUACAAACCCCCCUAAUGGUUAAGAUUUGGGGGAGGUGUGCUGAUCCUAGAUCUGUGCCUAUGGGCAACUUCUACCUGCAGCUGUCCUCAAUACAAAACAAAGACGCAUGUUUGUAAUCAAUCUCUCUUUACAGAAAAUCGCCCAGAGCCUGAAGGAAGAGCAGAUUAAGCUAAUGGCCCAGGAGUCCUCGUUCUCUGACGUGCAGCUUGAAUACCCAGAGGGCAGGAGAGCCAGUAAGUCAGCGUUUACAAAUGAAGGUGGAGAGGAUUUUUUUUUCUUUCUAAGUUAUGAAUGGUCUUACUGUUGUACACUCCUACUCUCUUUCUGUUCCUUGCUUACAGGUAGGAUAGACUCGUCCCGCUUGCAACCAUCCAUCUCUCCCGCUGACCUGCAUGGCAUGUGGUACCCCACAGUCAGACGGACGCUGGUCUGCUUAUCCAAGCUCUACAGGUGUAUAGAUGUGAGGACUUGGCUUAUCUGCCAUUUGGCAUGUUUACUCUUCCAAAUAUGAGAUAAUAUAGGCAUGACAAACGAUACAGGCAUAUGAAUGAAUCAUGAGCCUAGUCCAUUGCAUGAUGGGAGUAUUUGACCUGUCCUCCUGCUUUCCCUACACUGCUGUCCACCAUGUUGUCCCUGUGUUAAUGCCGUCCACCAUGUUGUCCCUGUGUUGAUGCCGUCCACCAUGUUGUCCCUGUGUUGAGGCCGUCCCCCAUGUUGUCUCUGUGUUGAUGCUGUCCUCCAUGUUGUCCCUGUGUUGAGGCCGUCCACCAUGUUGUCCCUGUGUUGAGGCCGUCCACCAUGUUGUCCCUGUGUUGAGGCCGUCCACCAUGUUGUCCCUGUGUUGAGGCCGUCCACCAUGUUGUCCCUGUGUUGAGGCCGUCCCCCACGUUGUCCCUGUGUUGAUGCUGUCCCCCAUGUUGUCCCUGUGUUGAUGCCGUCCACCAUGUUGUCCCUGUGUUGAUGCCGUCCACCAUGUUGUCCCUGUGUUGAGGCCGUCCCCCAUGUUGUCUCUGUGUUGAUGCUGUCCUCCAUGUUGUCCCUGUGUUGAUGCCGUCCCCCAUGUUGUCCCUGUGUUGAUGCCGUCCCCCAUGUUGUCCCUGUGUUGAGGCCGUCCACCAUGUUGUCCCUGUGUUGAGGCCGUCCACCAUGUUGUCCCUGUGUUGAGGCCGUCCACCAUGUUGUCCCUGUGUUGAGGCCGUCCACCAUGUUGUCCCUGUGUUGAGGCCGUCCCCCACGUUGUCCCUGUGUUGAGGCCGUCCACCAUGUUGUCCCUGUGUUGAUGUUGUCCCUGUGUUGAUGCCGUCCUCCAUGUUGAUGCUGUCCACCAUAUUGUCCCUUUGUUGAUGCUGUCCUCCAUGUUGAUGCCGUCCACCAUGUUGUCCCUGUGUUGAUGCUGUCCUCCAUGUUGUCCCUGUGUUGAUGCUGUCCUCCAUGUUGUACCUGUGUUGAUCCUGUCCACCAUGUUGUCCCUGUGUUGAUGUUGUCCCUGUGUUGAUGCUGUCCACCGUGUUGCUGCUUUCCUCCGUGUUGUCCCUGUGUUGAUGCUGUCCUCCAUGUUGUCCCUGUGUUGAUGUUGUCCCUGUGUUGAUGUUGUCCCCCGUGUUGUCCCUGUGUUGAUGUUGUCCCCCGUGUUGUCCCUGUGUUGAUGCUGUCCUCCAUGUUGUCCCUAUGUUGAGGCCGUCCACCAUGUUGUCCCUGUGUUGAGGCCGUCCACCAUGUUGUCCCUGUGUUGAGGCCGUCCCCCACGUUGUCCCUGUGUUGAUGCUGUCCCCUGUGUUGAUGCUGUCCACCAUGUUGUCCCUGUGUUGAUGUUGUCCCUGUGUUGAGGCCGUCCACCAUGUUGUCCCUGUGUUGAGGCCGUCCACCAUGUUGUCCCUGUGUUGAGGCCGUCCACCAUGUUGUCCCUGUGUUGAGGCCGUCCACCAUGUUGUCCCUGUGUUGAUGCUAUCCACCAUGUUGUCCCUGUGUUGAUGCUGUCCCCCAUGUUGUCCCUGUGUUGAUGUUGUCCCCUGUGUUGUCCCUGUGUUGAUGCCGUCCCCCAUGUUGUCCCUGUGUUGAUGCCGUCCCCCAUGUUGUCCCUGUGUUGAUGCCGUCCACCAUGUUGUCCCUGUGUUGAGGCCGUCCCCCACGUUGUCCCUGUGUUGAUGCUGUCCCCUGUGUUGAUGCUGUCCACCAUGUUGUCCCUGUGUUGAUGUUGUCCCUGUGUUGAGGCCGUCCACCAUGUUGUCCCUGUGUUGAGGCCGUCCACCAUGUUGUCCCUGUGUUGAGGCCGUCCACCAUGUUGUCCCUGUGUUGAGGCCGUCCACCAUGUUGUCCCUGUGUUGAUGCUAUCCACCAUGUUGUCCCUGUGUUGAUGCUGUCCCCCAUGUUGUCCCUGUGUUGAUGUUGUCCCCUGUGUUGUCCCUGUGUUGAUGCCGUCCCCCAUGUUGUCCCUGUGUUGAUGCCGUCCCCCAUGUUGUCCCUGUGUUGAUGCCGUCCCCCAUGUUGUCCCUGUGUUGAUGCUGUCCACCAUGUUGUCCCUGUGUUGAUGCUGUCCACCGUGUUGAUGCUGUCCACCAUGUUGUCCCUGUGUUGAUGCUGUCCUCCAUGUUGUACCUGUGUUGAUGCUGUCCACCAUGUUGUCCCUGUGUUGAUGUUGUCCCUGUGUUGAUGCUGUCCACCGUGUUGAUGCUUUCCUCCAUGUUGUCCCUGUGUUGAUGUUGUCCCUAUGUUGAUGCUGUCCACCAUGUUGUCCCUGUGUUAAUGUUGUCCCCUGUGUUGUCCCUGUGUUGAUGUUGUCCGCCGUGUUGUCCCUGUGUUGAUGCUGUCCUCCAUGUUGUCCCUAUGUUGAUGUUGUCCCUGUGUUGAUGCUGUCCACCAUGUUGUCCCUGUGUUGAUGCUGUCCUCCAUGUUGUACCUGUGUUGAUGUUGUCCCCUGUGUUGAUGCUGUCCACCAUGUUGUCUCUGUGUUGAUGUUGUCCCCCGUGUUUUCCCUGUGUUGAUGCUGUCCACCAUGUUGUCCCUGUGUUGAUGCUGUCCACCAUGUUGUCCCUGUGUUGAUGUUGUCCCUGUGUUGAUGCUGUCCACCGUGUUGAUGCUAUCCACCAUGUUGUCCCUGUGUUGAUGCUGUCCACCAUGUUGUCCCUGUGUUGAUGCUGUCCACCGUGUUGAUGCUAUCCACCAUGUUGUCCCUGUGUUGAUGCUGUCCUCCAUGUUGUCCCUGUGUUGAUGUUGUCCUUUGUGUUGUCCCUGUGUUGAUGAUGUCCACCAUGUUGUCCCUGUGUUGUUGUCCCUGUGAUGAUGUUGUCCCCCGUGUUUUCCCUGUGUUGAUGUUGUCCCCCGUGUUGUCCCUGUGUUGAUGCUGUCCACCAUGUUGUCCCUAUGUUGAUGUUGUCCCUGUGUUGAUGCUGUCCACCAUGUUGAUGCUGGCCUCCAUGUUGUCCCUGUGUUGAUGUUGUCCCCCGUGUUGUCCCUGUGUUGAUGUUGUCCCCUGUGUUGUCCCUGUGUUGAUGUUGUCCCCUGUGUUGUCCCUGUGUUGAUGUUGUCCCCCAUGCUGUCCCUGUGUUGAUGCUGUCCACCAUGUUGUCCCUGUGUUAAUGUUGUCCCUGUGUUGAUGCUGUCCACCGUGUUGAUGCUGUCCACCAUGUUGUCCCUGUGUUAAUGUUGUCCCUGUGUUGAUGCUGUCCACCGUGUUGAUGCUUUCCUCCAUGUUGUCCCUGUGUUGAUGCUGUCCUCCAUGUUGUCCCUGUGUUGAUGUUGUCCCUAUGUUGAUGCUGUCCACCAUGUUGUCCCUGUGUUAAUGUUGUCCCCUGUGUUGUCCCUGUGUUGAUGUUGUCCUCCGUGUUGUCCCUGUGUUGAUGCCGUCCCCCAUGUUGUCCCUGUGUUGAUGUUGUCCCUGUGUUGAUGUUGUCCCCCGUGUUGUCCCUGUGUUGAUGCUGUCCACCAUGUUGUCCCUAUGUUGAUGUUGUCCCUGUGUUGAUGUUGUCCCCCGUGUUGUCCCUGUGUUGAUGUUGUCCCCCAUGUUGUCCCUGUGUUGAUGCCGUCCCCCAUGUUGUCCCUGUGUUGAUGCUGUCCCCCAUGUUGUCCCUGUGUUGAUGCUGUCCACCAUGUUGUCCCUGUGUUGAUGCUGUCCACCAUGUUGUCCCUGUGUUGAUGCUGUCCUCCAUGUUGAUGCUGUCCUCCAUGUUGUCCCUGUGUUGAUGCUGUCCUCCAUGUUGAUGCCGUCCACCAUGUUGUCCCUGUGUUGAUGCUGUCCUCCAUGUUGUCCCUGUGUUGAUGCUGUCCUCCAUGUUGUACCUGUGUUGAUGCUGUCCACCAUGUUGUCCCUGUGUUGAUGCUGUCCACCGUGUUGAUGCUGUCCACCAUGUUGUCCCUGUGUUGAUGCUGUCCUCCAUGUUGUACCUGUGUUGAUGCUGUCCACCAUGUUGUCCCUGUGUUGAUGCUGUCCACCGUGUUGAUGCUGUCCACCAUGUUGUCCCUAUGUUGAUGCUGUCCUCCAUGUUGUACCUGUGUUGAUGCUGUCCCCCGUGUUGUCCCUGUGUUGUUGUUGUCCCCCAUGUUGUCCCUGUGUUGAUGCUGUCCACCAUGUUGUCCCUGUGUUGAUGCUGUCCUCCAUGUUGUCCCUGUGUUGAUGUUGUCCCCUGUGUUGAUGCUGUCCACCAUGUUGUCCCUGUGUUGAUGUUGUCCCUGUGUUGAUGUUGUCCCCCAUGUUGUCCCUGUGUUGAUGUUGUCCCCCAUGUUGUCCCCGUGUUGAUGCUUUCCUCCAUGUUGUCCCUGUGUUGAUGCUGUCCUCCAUGUUGUCCCUGUGUUGAUGUUGUCCCUAUGUUGAUGCUGUCCACCAUGUUUCCCUGUGUUAAUGUUGUCCCCUGUGUUGUCCCUGUGUUGAUGUUGUCCGCCGUGUUGUCCCUGUGUUGAUGCUGUCCUCCAUGUUGUCCCUGUGUUGAUGUUGUCCCUGUGUUGAUGCUGUCCACCAUGUUGUCCCUGUGUUGAUGCUGUCCUCCAUGUUGUACCUGUGUUGAUGUUGUCCCCUGUGUUGAUGCUGUCCACCAUGUUGUCUCUGUGUUGAUGUUGUCCCCCGUGUUUUCCCUGUGUUGAUGCUGUCCACCAUGUUGUCCCUGUGUUGAUGCUGUCCACCAUGUUGUCCCUGUGUUGAUGCUGUCCACCGUGUUGAUGCUAUCCACCAUGUUGUCCCUGUGUUGAUGCUGUCCUCCAUGUUUUCCCUGUGUUGAUGUUGUCCCUGUGUUGAUGCUGUCCACCAUGUUGUCCCCUGUGUUGUCCCUGUGUUGAUGUUGUCCUUUGUGUUGUCCCUGUGUUGAUGAUGUCCACCAUGUUGUCCCUGUGUUGUUGUCCCUGUGAUGAUGUUGUCCCCCGUGUUGUCCCUGUGUUGAUGUUGUCCCCCGUGUUGUCCCUGUGUUGAUGCUGUCCACCAUGUUGUCCCUAUGUUGAUGUUGUCCCUGUGUUGAUGCUGUCCACCAUGUUGAUGCUGGCCUCCAUGUUGUCCCUGUGUUGAUGUUGUCCCCCGUGUUGUCCCUGUGUUGAUGUUGUCCCCAUGUUGUCCCUGUGUUGAUGCUGUCCUCCAUGUUGUCCCUGUGUUGAUGCUGUCCACCAUGUUGUCCCUGUGUUGAUGUUGUCCCUGUGUUGAUGCUGUCCACCGUGUUGAUGCUAUCCACCAUGUUGUCCCUGUGUUGAUGCUGUCCUCCAUGUUGUCCCUGUGUUGAUGUUGUCCCUGUGUUGAUGCUGUCCACCAUGUUGUCCCUGUGUUGAUGUUGUCCCCUGUGUUGUCCCUGUGUUGAUGUUGUCCUCCGUGUUGUCCCUGUGUUGAUGCUGUCCACCAUGUUGUCCCUGUGUUGAUGUUGUCCCCUGUGUUGUCCCUGUGUUGUUGUUGUCCCCCAUGUUGUCCCUGUGUUGAUGCUGUCCACCAUGUUGUUCCUGUGUUGAUGCUGUCCUCCAUGUUGUCCCUGUGUUGAUGUUGUCCCCUGUGUUGAUGCUGUCCACCAUGUUGUCCCUGUGUUGAUGUUGUCCCCCGUGUUGUCCCUGUGUUGAUGUUGUCCCCCAUGUUGUCCCUGUGUUGAUGCUGUCCACCAUGUUGUCCCUGUGUUGAUGUUGUCCCUGUGUUGAUGCUGUCCACCGUGUUGAUGCUUUCCUCCAUGUUGUCCCUGUGUUGAUGCUUUCCUCCAUGUUGUCCCUGUGUUGAUGUUGUCCCUAUGUUGAUGCUGUCCUCCAUGUUGUCCCUGUGUUGAUGUUGUCCCAUGUGUUGAUGCUGUCCACCAUGUUGUCCCUGUGUUGAUGCUGUCCACCAUGUUGUCCCUGUGUUGAUGUUGUCCCUGUGUUGAUGCUGUCCACCAUGUUGUCCCUAUGUUGAUGUUGUCCCUGUGUUAAUGCUCUACGCCAUGUUGUCCCUGUGUUGAUGUUGUCCCUGUGUUGAUGCUGUCCACCAUGUUGUCCCUGUGUUGAUGUUGUCCCUGUGUUGAUGCUGUCCACCAUGUUGUCCCUGUGUUGAUGCUGUCCACCAUGUUGUCCCUGUGUUGAUGCCGUCCCCCAUGUUGUCCCUGUGUUGAUGUUGUCCCCUGUGUUGAUGCUGUCCACCAUGUUUACAUUUACAUUUUACAUUUUAGUCAUUUAGCAGACGCUCUUAUCCAGAGCGACUUACAGUUAGUGAGUGCAUACAUUAUUUUUUAAUACUGGCCCCCCGUGGGAAUCGAACCCACAACCCUGGCGCUCCCGGUCACGGCCGGCUACGACAGAGCCUGGAUGCAUCAACAUGGAGGCUCUGUGUUGUCCCUGUGUUGAUGUUGUCCCUGUGUUGAGGCCGUCCACCAUCUUGUCCCUGUGUUGAUGCUGUCCACCAUGUUGUCCCUGUGUUGAUGUUGUCCCCUGUGUUGUCCCUGUGUUGUUGUUGUCCCCCAUGUUGUCCCUGUGUUGAUGCUGUCCACCAUGUUGUUCCUGUGUUGAUGCUGUCCUCCAUGUUGUCCCUGUGUUGAUGUUGUCCCCUGUGUUGAUGCUGUCCACCAUGUUGUCCCUGUGUUGAUGCCGUCCUCCAUGUUGAUGCAUGGGAUCUGUUGUCCCUCCAGAGAGCAGUCUUCCAGGGCUUAUCUCAAGAGGCUUUAUCUGGCUGCAUCCACUCCCUGCUCAAAGCCUCUGAUGUCAUCCUCAAGAACAAGGUUGGUGCAGAUUUAUUUCAGGCACAAGACAAUGCAAUGCACGUAAUGCGUUACGUUAUACACUCAGUGGCCAGUUUAUUAAGUACACCACCCCGUUCCCGAAAAUGGUUUGAUUCAACAGACAGUGAGUUACAUAGCAGUGGCUUGCUAUAUUAAAGCAGGCAGACAGGCAUCAAGGCAUUCACUUACUGUUGGAUUGUACGUUAGAAUGGGCAAAACGAGUGACCUAAGUGACUUUGAGCGUGGUGUGAUCGUCGGUGCCAGGCACGUCAGUUCUCCUGGGCGUUUCACGCACGACAGUGUCUAGGGUUUAGAGAAUAUGGUGCAACAAACAAAAAAAACAUCCAGUCAGCAGCAGUCCUUUUGGGUGAAAACAGCUCGUUGAUGAGCGGUCGAAGGAGAAUGGCAAGAAUGGUGCAAGUUAACAGGCGGUCCACAAACAGGCAAAUAACGGCGCAGUACAACAGUGUUGUGCAGAACGGCAUCUCAUAACGCACAACUCGUCGAUCCUUGUCACGGAUGGGCUAUUGCAGCAGACCACCACACCGGGUUCCACUCCUAUCAGCUAAAAACAAGAAGCGGCUCCAUUGGACAAGCGAUCACGAAACACUGGACAAUUAAGGACUGGAAAAACCAUUGCCUGAUCCGACAAAUCCCGGUUCCUGUUGCAUCAUGCUGAUGGCAGAGUUAGGAUUUGUCAUAAGAAGCGUGAGUCCAUGGCCCAUCCUGCCUAGUGUCAACAGUACAGGCUGGUGGCGGUGGUGUAAUGGUGUUUCCAUUCCCCGCAGAAUUCAGCUUGUUCUGGAGGCCAAGGGCGGUCUGACCCGGUACUAGAUGGGUAUACCUAAUAAACUGGCCACUGAGUGUACAUUUCUGACUGUAAAGGUUGUCAUUCCAAAACAACUGUAGCCUUACCAUUCACCUGUUCACCUUUUUUUUCUUCUGUAGAAAUGGGUCAAUACUGGUUUUCCUUUUGGGGAAAAGGUUAACGUUUUAAUAUUCAAGAUGUUAUAGUUACCGGUAUGGUUUCAUCUUGUGCAGACGCAGGUAGACGGUCAGCUGUUUCUGAUAAAACACCUGCUGAUCAUGAGGGAACAGAUCGUCCCAUUCCACACAGACUUUGCCAUCAAGGAGAUCUCUCUGGACCUGAAGAGAACCAGAGGUGAGGUGAUGAUGAGGAGGAGGAAGAGAAGACGUUCCUUAAAACCUGUCAAACAUUAGGAUGGCCGUUGUGUCCAUAUACACACAUGGCUAUUAUAAUAGUGUUAAUAACUAGAGUUGCUGUAUAGACUUCCGUAGCUGUCGGUAGAAGUGCUCCUGUUCUGGUACUCAUUUCAACCAAGGGCAGAUUUAAUUUGUAACACUAGAGAGCACUCUAAUCCUUCUUCAGCAAGAUCAAUCUUUUCUUUUUCAAAUCAGAUGCUGCCUUCAAAAUGAUGAACCCCAAAUCUGUACCUAGUUUCUUCAGACUCAACAGCCACAACGCCAUCCUAGAAUUUCUCUUAGAGGUAAAGUUUUUGAUUUAGUUUAAAUAUAAUAUACACAUAUAGGACCAGGAGUUUCUAUGUCAGGAACUAUAUGUAAUUUGAGAGGUCCCUCAUCUACAGUACCACGUCUAGUAACUAACUAACUAACCUCUGACUGUUGGACCACAUCUACAGUACCACGUCUAGUAACUAACUAACUAACUAACUAACUAACUAACUAACUAACUAACUAACUAACCUCUGACUGUGGGACCUCAUCUACAGUACCACGUCUAGUAACUAACUAACUAACCUCUGACUGUUGGACCUCAUCUACAGUACCACGUCUAGUAACUAACUAACUAACCUCUGACUGUUGGACCUCAUCUACAGUACCACGUCUAGUAACUAACUAACUAACCUCUGACUGUUGGACCUCAUCUACAGUACCACGUCUAGUAACUAACUAACCUCUGAUUGUUGGACCUCAUCUACAGUACCACGUCUAGUAACUAACUAACCUCUCUCUCUCUGUUGGACCUCAUCUACAGUACCACGUCUAGUAACUAACUAACUAACUAACCUCUGACUGUUGGACCACAUCUACAGUACCACGUCUAGUAACUAACUAACUAACCUCUGACUGUUGGACCUCAUCUAAAGUACCACGUCUAGUAACUAACUAACCUCUCUCUCUCUGUUGGACCUCAUCUACAGUACCACGUCUAGUAACUAACUAACUAACCUCUAACUGUUGGACCACAUCUACAGUACCACGUCUAGUAACUAACUAACUAACCUCUGACUGUUGGACCUCAUCUACAGUACCACGUCUAGUAACUAACUAACCUCUCUCUCUCUGUUGGACCUCAUCUACAGUACCACGUCUAGUAACUAACUAACUAACUAACCUCUGACUGUUGGACCACAUCUACAGUACCACGUCUAGUAACUAACUAACUAACCUCUGACUGUUGGACCUCAUCUACAGUACCACGUCUAGUAACUAACUAACUAACCUCUGACUGUUGGACCUCAUCUACAGUACCACGUCUAGUAACUAACUAACUAACUAACUAACUAACUAACUAACUAACUAACCUCUGACUGUUGGACCUCAUCUACAGUACCACGUCUAGUAACUAACUAACUAACUAACCUCUGACUGUUGGACCUCAUCUACAGUACCACGUCUAGUAACUAACUAACCUCUGACUGUUGGACCUCAUCUACAGUACCACGUCUAGUAACUAACUAACUAACCUCUGACUGUUGGACCUCAUCUACAGUACCACGUCUAGUAACUAACUAACUAACCUCUGACUGUUGGACCUCAUCUACAGUACCACGUCUAGUAACUAACUAACUAACCUCUGACUGUUGGACCACAUCUACAGUACCACGUCUAGUAACUAACUAACUAACCUCUGACUGUUGGACCUCAUCUACAGUACCACGUCUAGUAACUAACUAACUAACUAACCUCUGACUGUUGGACCUCAUCUACAGUACCACGUCUAGUAACUAACUAACUAACUAACCUCUGACUGUUGGACCUCAUCUACAGUACCACGUCUAGUAACUAACUAACUAACCUCUGACUGUUGGACCUCAUCUACAGUACCACGUCUAGUAACUAACUAACUAACCUCUGACUGUGGGACCUCAUCUACAGUACCACGUCUAGUAACUAACUAACUAACUAACCUCUGACUGUUGGACCACAUCUACAGUACCACGUCUAGUAACUAACUAACUAACUAACUAACCUCUGACUGUUGGACCUCAUCUACAGUACCACGUCUAGUAACUAACUAACUAACUAACCUCUGACUGUUGGACCUCAUCUACAGUACCACGUCUAGUAACUAACUAACUAACCUCUGACUGUUGGACCUCAUCUACAGUACCACGUCUAGUAACUAACUAACUAACUAACCUCUGACUGUUGGACCACAUCUACAGUACCACGUCUAGUAACUAACUAACUAACCUCUGACUGUUGGACCACAUCUACAGUACCACGUCUAGUAACUAACUAACUAACCUCUGACUGUUGGACCACAUCUACAGUACCACGUCUAGUAACUAACUAACUAACCUCUCACUGUUGGACCACAUCUACAGUACCACGUCUAGUAACUAACUAACCUCUGACUGUUGGACCACAUCUACAGUACCACGUCUAGUAACUAACUAACCUCUGACUGUUGGACCACAUCUACAGUACCACGUCUAUUAACUAACUAACUAACUAACUAACCUCUGACUGUUGGACCACAUCUACAGUACCACGUCUAGUAACUAACUAACUAACCUCUGACUGUUGGACCACAUCUACAGUACCACGUCUAUUAACUAACUAACUAACUAACUAACCUCUGACUGUUGGACCUCAUCUACAGUACCACGUCUAGUAACUAACUAACUAACUAACUAACUAACUAACUAACCUCUGGCUUUUGGACCUCAGGGAUCACCAGAGAUAAAAGAACACUACAUCGACUCGAAGAAGGACGUAGACCGCCACCUGAAGUUCAGCUGUGAGCAGUUCAUCCAGCAACAGAAUCAACUCUCUGUGGGGAAUCUGGAGGAGUUCCUCACCAAGGUAACGUGUCAAUCAGACAGAGAGGAGGUGUUUCUCACCAAGGUAACGUGUCAGCCUGACAGAGGAGAGGACAGGCAGACGUAGCCUGGGGCUCAGACUGCACAACACGACCUUGGGCUUUCUCUUCCCUUUUUGCUUUUUGAACAGUUACAUUUUUCUGGUAAUUCACUGUUCAGUAAAACUGAAAAUAUAAAAGGCCUAUUGAAAGGUGAAUGUUAUUCUAUUGUGAAUCUAGGCCUAUUCAAAUUUGAUGGGUUUAGUUCCAAUCAUGCCAAUCAUCCAUUGUCUUCUGACGUUGGAGCUGAGCCAAUCCGAGGACUUUGGCGAGGAGAGAAAAUCUCCAGCCCGCCUCCCGUAGUCAUAGUACUAUUUUCCUCGGCAGUCAAUCUCUUUUGUGUUCACACAGCAAAUACCUUGGAAGUCGUUGGCCACUCAGCCUUGUUAAAAUACUCCUUACCAGAAGGUGACAGUAGCAUUUCUUGGCAAUGCAUGUCAGGGAGUGUUGCUUAGUUUAUGGUGUAGAUUCCAAUGUUAGCUAGUUGUGCUAAUGCUGAUAUUUUGUAGAAAGACGUUGUUGAUACUAGCCAGAUGGCCACAGCUAGAUAACUACCUAGCAAGAUGACGAAGAAACAAUUGAAUUCACUCUCCGUAAUCCCAUACUGCCAGUGCCAGCCCAUAGCCAAAUGUUUAACUAGCUAACAUUAGCGUAUUCGCUAGGGAUAGAUCGAGAUUUACAGAAUGGGUACCUGGAGGAAAACGGGGGAGGGUCAUGCUUUUUCCAUUUCAGUCAAGGGGAGGGUUUAGUACUUUUCAAAUCCAGGGGAGGGUCAUGUCAUUGAUGACAUUUUAAUAAUUCUCAUUGUUUUAGAAUUAGUUGAUUAUUAGGCUAUACGCUGAGUAUACCAAACAUUAGGAACACCUUCCUAAUAUCGAGUUGCAGCCCCCCCCCCCCUUUUGCCCUCAGAACAACCUCAAUUCAUUGGGGCAUGGACUCUGCAAUGUGUCGAAAGCGUUCCACAAGGAUGCUGGCCCACGUUGACUCCAAUGCUUCCCACAGUUGUGUCAAGUUGGCUGGAUGUCCUUUGGGUGGUGGACCAUUCCUGAUACACACGGGAAACAAACAUUAGGAACAUUAGGGGUGGAGUUGUGCUCUCUGAUUGGCUCAACGUCAAGUUGUUGGCCACUGACGAGCAUUCUACAAGUAGAAUCGGUAGGUUCGUUGCUACCAGGUUGGUACGCAGAAGGGUACCGCUUCUGUUCUAGCAAGAGAUGGAAUAGCCUCCCACCGUGAUGAGUAGUCUAUUGGCAGUGAGCUUCUCGGUGUGUUCUCAUGUUACAGCCUGAAUUAAAAAUUGAUAACAUUUUGAUUGUCACUUGCCUACACACAAAAAAUGUCUGCUGCAUUGAAGAUCCCCAAGAACACAGUGGCCUCCGUCAUUCUUAAAUGGAGGAAGUUUGGAACCACCAAGACUCUUCCUAGAGCUAGCCGCCCGGCCAAACUGAGCAAUCGGGGGAGAAGGGCCUUGGUCAGGGAGGUGACCAAGAACCUGAUGGUCACUCUGACAGAGUUCUAGAGUUCCUCUAUGGAGAUGGGAGAGCCUUCCAGAAGGACAACCAUCUCUGCAGCACUCCACCAAUCAGGCCUUUAUGGUAGAGUGGCCAGACGGAAGCCAUUCCUCAGUAAAAAGGCACAUGACAGCCCGCUUAGAGUUUGCCAAAAGUCACCUAAAGACUGUCAGACCAAGAGAAACAAGAUUCUCACGUCUGGAGGAAACCUGGCACCAUCCCUACGGUGAAGCAUGGUGGUGGCAGUAUCAUGCUGUGGGGAUGGUUUUCAGCGGCAGGGACUGGGAGACUAGUCAAGAUCAAGGGAAAGAUGAACCUCAGGACCUCAGACUGGGGUGAAGAUUCACCUUCCAACAGGACAACGACCCUAAGCAUACAGCCAAGACAGCGCAGCAAUGGCUUCUGGACAAGUCUCUGAAUGUCCUUGAGUGGCACAGCCAGAGCCUGGACUUGAACCCGAUCAAACAUCUCUGGAGAGACCUGAAAAUAGCUGUGCAGCAACGCUCCCCAUCCAACCUGACAGAGCUUGAGAGGAUCUGCAGAGAAGAAUGGGAGAAACUCCCCAAAUACAGGUGUGCCAAGCUUGUCACGUCAUACCCAAUAAGACUCAAGGCUGUAAUCACUGCCAAAGGUGCUUCAAUAAAGCACUGAGUAAAGGGUCUGAAUACUUAUGUAAAUGUUAUAUUUCCGUUUUUACAAAAUGUGCUAAAAUUUCUAAAAACCUGUUUUUGCUUUGUCAUUAUGGGAUAUUGUGUUUGUGUGUGUGUGUUGAUUGAGGGGGGGAAAAAACAAUUUAAUCAAUUUUAGAAUAAGGCUGUAACGUAACAAAAUGUGGAAAAAGUCAAGGGGUCUGAAUACUUUCCGAAUGCACGAUAAGUCAGUUCACCAAUGACAACAAGGCAUGUUGAAUAAAUGGUAGCCUAGUAGUCAGACCUAACUUGAUGGAUUAGGUGAGGGAUGGAGAUCUGACACAAGCUCCUAUAGGGCUAGUUCAGUUGUUUCAUAUUCCAAAUAACCGACAGUAAGCUAGACUACUAUAAAAUUAAGAAGAAGCCAGUUUACAUUUUCACUAGACUAUCCACAUAAAGACACCUAUUAAUAUGAAUAAUCAUUACCCCUACAUUUAACCUAGAAAAAUGUGAAAGUGUCAUUGAGACCACCUCAAUUUCAUUUAUGAUCAAACACCCGACUUCUGUGUUGGCUACAUUGUUUGAUAUAAUUUAAGACUCUAGGUUUCAGGAAAUGGAAGUUACAGGUUUUUCAAAAAUGCAAAAAUUAUUCGGAGGAAUUUGGCUGACCCCCUCCGGACCUCCCCCCUACCCAACCUUAGGCCUACAUCAGCACCACCUUGUUAGAAAAUCCCUCCGAUUUCAGAUUCAGGAGAUCCCUGAUUUGUACAAAUUUAAACAUAUUUCUAGUUAGCUAAUGAAGAGCAGCCAAUUACCAAGUACCCAUAACAGUCUAUAACCUACCAUUCCUACUGAGGCAGUCUUCUGCCAGCUAUUAGUAGGCAACAAAAGGUUUAUUUCCCUAUGAUUUGAGCAGUGUGGGGGGGGGCCUGGGGAGGCCGGGGGGGCCACCGCAGCACUGAAGUGGCACUCAUAAACAUUCUUCAAGGUUGGUAGGUGUGAGAUCACUCAUGUUGUCCCUGACUGGGGAUGAUGGGGACUUGUUUUGUUUCAGGUGUCCGCUCUGAAAACCACGGUGAUCCAAGGAGGUCCUACCUACGGCCUCUCUCAACAACCUUGGGCUCAGCCAGGUAAGAAACAGCAGCAUCAUAUUUCAGUGGAACCUCUAAAUCGUGUGGUGAAAGGAAGGCAUGGAACUGAAAAAUGACUCUUUGUGUCUCCCCUUUUAGCCAAGAUCAACGACAUAGUGAUGGCUACUUACCGGGUGAUGAAGAGCAAGCUGCCAAGCACGUUACAAAGCAUGUCCUUGUACCUGGCCAACAGAGACGCAGAGUUUAUCCUCUUCAAGCCUGUCCGGGUGGGUGUCUGUUAGACACUGGAGGAAUUGAAACUCUCAUUAUUUUUCCAACCCUGUGCUGGCCUGGUCCCAGAUCUGUUUGCGGUGUCCUGCCAAAAAUGAGAAGACGGCACAAGCAGAUCUGGGGCCAGGCUUACCCUGUUCAGGAGCUCAUGGGGGGGUUUGGUACACACCUACAAAAUAAAUAGACCUUUUCAGCAGGUGCUGAGGCUGAGUAAUGCGCAGUUACCCUUUUCAGCCUUGAUCCUGCUUGUUAAAGAGAAAGCAUUGUUCAGUAAUUACGGUGGCUUUCUGUGUCAGGCUAAGUGCUAAUCUAAGCGACUCUUAAGUGCACAACAACGCCGUUGACAUGGCAACUGGGAUACAAAGGGGACCGGCGAUGGUGUAAUUUCUCUCCAGCAGCUCUUGUAGCUAGCAUGAAGUUUUCUCCCAACAGAACAACAUUCAGCAGGUGUUCCAGAGACUGCACACCUUGAUUCAGGAGGAAUAGAGCGGCGAGGACCUUCAGAUCAUCGCUUGCCCUUCUAUGGACCAGGUAAGGUUUGUACAAGGCUACACUACAAAAUCAUAACCUAGGGCAUGGUAGUACAAGGUUCGUCGCUCUCACACUGUUGGAUCUCAAGGUCUUUUUACAAGUGUAUUUAUUCAACUUUGAUUUGUUCAGGUUAUCCGAUUGGGAUCACAAUAUAUUUUUCACUGUGUGUAGUGGCGUCUGGAGUGACAUGCUGGAUGUUGUUGGUGUUAGCCCUCAGUGCUUCUGCUCUCUCUCUCUUCAGAUUAACCUGCUGUUGUCUGUGAAUAAGUAGCCUGAAGGGGGGUUGGUCAGUAUCGAGCUCUGCCUGGUCUGGGCAGACAGCAGUGUUACUCCUGACCUGGCCAGACCAGGAUCCCUCGGUGGAGUGAGAGUCAAGGAAAAAUACCACUGGACAGGACUGUGCCAGUCUUUCGCCCUCGGGCCCACCUAG